AUGAGAUUUUCUAUCCAAAAACCCAACUUUAUCAUCGUCAACUGCAGUGGGUUUUGUCCAUCUCCUUCCGUAUCCUCCAUCAUUGUCAACAAGUAUGCAACACGAGAAGAUGUAAAGAGCUUCAACAUCAGUGGUAUGGGGUGUAGAAAAGACCGGUCAAUGAUGGUCCUCAAUUGCCUCUUCCAAUCAGGUAGUGCAGCCAUUCUAAUCACCAACAAACCAUCCGCCAGAAAGAAUUCCAAAUACAGAUUACUCUAUGCUCUAAGGACACAAGGUGCAUUUGAUGACAAAGCUUACAACUUUGUAAUCCGUGAAGAAGACUCCAAAGGAAUCACCGGGGUUACUCUUAGAAAGGAUGGGGACGACAUGUGGACGAAGAAUUACUCAGGGUCAAUCUUUCACAAUCUGGGUUCUUCUAUUCUUCCAUUAGAAGAGACAAUCGGAUUCGGGUUCUCCAUAAUUACAAAGGAACUCCUGAACAAUUUGACAGAACUUAACGUACCAAACUUCAGAAAAGUGAUACAGCAUUACUGCUUGCCGGCAUCGGGGAAGGCGGUGAUAAUGGAAAUAGGGAAAAAGUUGAACUUAGACCAGGAGGAAAUUGAGGCAGCGUUGAUGACGUUACAUAGGUUUGGAAACCAAUCAUCUUCUUCGUUGUGGUAUGAGUUGGCUUAUUUGGAAGGGAAAGAGAGAGUGAAGCAAGGUGACAGAGUUUGUAACUAUCCUUGA